UUUCACAGUUUUAGACCCUAUGUACCUAUAUGAACAUUUUUUAAAAUUGUUGUUUCAGGAUAAAUCUUCAACAUGGGUCGUAAAGUUGUAGUAGCGGCAUGUACAUUAAACCAAUGGGCAUUAGACUUUGAAGGAAAUUUAAAUAGAAUCUUGCAAUCUAUUCAAGAAGCUAAAGAAAUGGGUGCUCUUUAUAGGACAGGACCUGAGUUAGAAAUAUGCGGGUAUAGUUGUGAGGAUCACUUCCAUGAGCCAGACACAUUUCUUCAUAGCUGGCAAGUGCUUGCGGAACUACUUAAAUCUGCAACAUGCAAGGACAUGCUCAUAGAUGUUGGCAUGCCGGUCCAGCAUCGAAAUGUCUCAUAUAAUUGUCGGGUGGUGUUUCUGAAUAAGAAAAUUUUACUUAUUAGACCAAAGAUGAUAUUAUGCGAAGAUGGAAACUAUAGAGAGACACGAUGGUUUUCUGGCUGGAAAAAAGAAAGACAAGUAGAAGAUUAUUAUUUACCUAGAAUGAUUACUGCUAUUACGAGUCAAAACACAGUACCGAUUGGUGAUGCAGUAAUAUCUACAAGAGAUACGUGUAUAGGUUUUGAAAUAUGCGAAGAAUUGUGGAAUCCUCAAAGUCGUCAUAUACCGUUAAGUCUUGAUGGCGUAGAAAUAAUAUCGAAUGGUUCAGGCAGUUACAUGGAACUUAGGAAAGCAUAUGUAACAGUUGAUCUUGUGAAAAGUGCUACAUUUAAGAGUGGUGGUGCUUACUUAUUUAGUAAUUUACGAGGGUGUGAUGGGCAAAGGAUUUAUUUUAAUGGGUGUUCUUGUGUGGCUGUUAAUGGUGAGAUUGUUAGCCGUGGACUACAAUUCGCACUACACGACGUUGAAGUGAUAACAGCAACAAUCGAUUUAGAAGAUAUACGUUCAUAUCGCACGCAAAUGAGGUCGCGAUCGCACUUAGCCGCUUCAAAUACUCCGUUUCCACGAAUAUUCGCUGAUUUCUCACUAUCCGAUGACGAAGACAUGUACCUUACUGUCAGUCUACCCAUUGAGUGGAAGUACCUUACGCCCGAAGAAGAAAUAGAACUGGGUCCAGCGUGCUGGUUAUGGGAUUACUUAAGAAGGUCGGGUCAGGGAGGGUUUUUCCUUCCUCUAAGCGGAGGGGUGGAUUCUACUAGUACAGCAUGUAUUGUUUUCUCAAUGUGUACACAGAUUUGUGAUGCUGUUCAAAAGGGAGAAAGCCAAGUUUUGUAUGACGUGAGAAAAAUUCUCUGUCAAUCGGAUUACACGCCGACCGAUCCUAUGGAGUUGUGUAACAGGUUACUGGUGACGUGUUACAUGGCGUCAGAGAACUCUAGCCAAGAGACCAAGUUACGAGCCUCACAGCUUUCCAGUCAAAUAGGUAGUUAUCAUUUUCCCAUAGUGAUUGAUUCGGCUGUGAGUGCCGUUAUUGGUAUAUUUACAACUGCGACUGGACUUGUUCCCAAGUUUAGAAGUAAGGGAGGCUGCCCUAGACAAAAUCUUGCCUUGCAGAAUAUACAGGCACGUCUUCGGAUGGUUCUAUCGUACCUGUUCGCUCAAUUGAUGCUGUGGGUGCGAGGGAGGCCAGGCGGUUUGCUUGUGUUGGGAUCUUCUAAUGUGGAUGAAGCGUUAAGAGGGUAUAUGACCAAGUACGAUUGUUCGAGUGCCGACAUUAAUCCUAUUGGUGGAAUAUCUAAGACUGAUUUAAAAUCGUUUUUGCAAUACGCUAAAAGCCGUUUCUUCUUGCCAUCUCUGUCUGAAAUAUUACAAGCGGCACCCACAGCUGAAUUAGAACCCCUAACCGACGGUCAGAUUACACAAACAGACGAACAAGACAUGGGUAUGACGUAUGCAGAAUUGUCGGAAUUCGGUCGCCUUAGGAAAACCUAUCAUUGUGGGCCGUUUAGUAUGUUCCAGAAACUUGUACGCGAAUGGAGCAAUAAAUGUUCUCCACACGAGGUGGCAGAGAAGGUGAAGCACUUCUUCCGCUGCUACGCCAUCAACCGCCAUAAGAUGACGGUGCUGACGCCCAGCUACCACGCCGAGAGCUACAGUCCCGACGACAACCGCUUCGACCACCGCCCCUUCCUCUACCGCGUGCACUGGACGUGGCAGUUCCGCGCCAUCGACGACGCCGUGGCGCAAAUGACUAAAGAGAAGCGAAUAUUACAAGGUGAUUGUAACACAAAACAAGAGGCUUCCAACUCGAGCACAAAUAUGACAACACAUUACAAUAUGCGACGAGACAGGAGGGGAGUACUUAUUUAAAUAAAUGGAAACAAUAUGAUUAUUGACGGAGCGAAGACAUUCAUGAUUACAUUGAUGAUUCUGAAAAAAAAUCGCGAUAAAUAUUAAAAUGACAAUUGUAUACACGAGUCUCGUAUUUCUCUGUUGCAUUAUAUUUAAGUAUUUAAAGUCAUUAUUUUUUAAUUGAAAGUGUAAAACAUUUUAAUUUUACCAUAAAAAAUUCUGCAUCGAAGUACUCUCCAAUGUCAGUUAAAUGUACAAUUUAUUUGAGUUACAAUCCUUGUACAAAAUGACUUGACAUCAGUCAAGCUGAUAACGUACCUAAAACAUGUUGAAUUACAAAUAGACACAUAAGUAAUUCUUUACAGAUAUAUAUUUUUUUUAUAAUAUAGUCAUUCAAUACUUGACAUGUUUCAGUCAAGAAUAUAUUUUCUGACAAAUGAUAAUAGAUUUUAUAUGUCGAGAGAAAAUAGUAAUAUUUUCAAAAUUCGUAGUCUUAGCCGUACUUUGCUACGUCAAUGAAAUAAAAUUUAUUUUAUAAAAGUUACUAUAACUGUGUAAUAUUUAAUAUUGUAAUAUUAAGUAGUUGUAACAUUAAGUACUGUAAUGUAUAGUUUAUUGCAUUGUUUUUUUUUUAUUAAAAAUGAGAUUGGGUA